AUGAUCACUGCCCUUGGCAUCACGUCAGUGCCUGAGAGAAUACUGGAUACUGCAGAUAUCUGCAGGGAUGACACUUUGAAGAGGAAAGUGAGAGAAUUGCAUGGAAGGUUAACAGGCCAAUGUUCAGAAGAACAAACAGAUCAGGGCAAAGAACACAGGAAGAAAGGUUCCACAGAUGAUGUGGAGUCUGGUUCAGUGAUGGGUGCCUCUGACUGUGAUAUUCCAAAGCGUUCGGUUCAGGAAGCAUGCUCUGCUGAUGAUGGUUCAAGUGUCAAACCGUUCCUUCCUCUUACUGACACAGAAACUACCUCACGACCUUGGCUCAAACUCAGUGUUCGCUGGAGGACAAAGUUAGAGAGUCUUGCUAGCAUGAGAAUGACAGAGGUUAAAACUGUUAAGAAUCUCAUUUUUUGUGUCAACUCUGACUACCUAAUUGCAAAAGGUAGUGAUGGCACUGAGGUGUUUCUCGGCCUCAGAGAUGAUGGCACUGAAGUUGCCAUCAAGCGCAUGACCAAGACAAACUACCAGUUGCUCAAACAUGAGGAACAAUUCCUGCGCCUACCAGAGCUGGACAGUCCCAGUAUUGUACGAUAUGUUGACUUUGCUGAGGAUGAUAACUUUGGUUACUUAGCCCUACAACUUUGUGAGUACACAUUGGAAGAAUACAUAGACCCAAAUAACCACCACUUACCAGAGUGUGUUAACGACAAGAUGGAUAUUCUGAAGACAAUAGUAAAGGAAGUCCUUUCCAGUUUGGAGGUCCUCCAUGAUAAGAACACCAAUGUACUUCACAGAGACAUCAAGCCUCAAAAUGUUUUGAUUGACAUCACCGGAAAAGCAAGGUUGGCUGAUUUUGGCAUCAGCAGAAGACUGAGAGUUGGACAAACAACACUGCGCACAACAGCUGCAGGAACCAAAUGUUGGAAGUCCCAGGAAACACUUAAGAAGCACACUGACAGUGGCUAUAAGAGGUCCUCCGAUAUCCAGGUUGCAGGGAUGUUGGUUUACUACAUCCUUUCCUGUGGAGAUCACCCUUUUGGGGAUGAGUAUCAUUGCGAGCUCAAUAUUCUGAACGGGAAGCCCAGAGAUGGAUGGGAAGAUUUGGUGGAGGAUGAGCUGGCAAAAGAUCUCAUCGAGUGGAUGAUCCAGGCAGAACCCAGUUCUAGGCCAACGGUGCAGCAAACACUCACUCACCCCUACUUCUGGACAAAUGACAGGAAGGAGGAGUAUUUGUCAAAGGUUGGAAAUAUGCCCGAGGCAGACUACAAAGCAGCUGACGACAGCCUCCUCGAGGACCUUCAGAAACGCUCAACUGAUAAAUCCUUCUCCAGCUGGAAGGAUAAAUUCCCUUCUGAGCUGAUUGAGAAGUUGGAAACAAAAGGCGGUAAGAGCAAGAAGCGGACAGUCUACCCUGACAACACCCUGGGUCUGCUGCGCUUCAUUCGCAACCUCCACGCUCAUUAGUAAGUAGCCUGU